AUGGGCAUCGUCGCAUCGCGCCAUCUCAGCGCUGAGAAGCUACAGGAGAUCCAGAACGAAUCGGGCUUCUCGCCGCUGCGCAUCGACUAUCUGCUGGGCCAAUAUCAAUCGCUGGAACGUGACACCGAGGGCCGGGUGCUGCGCAGCGAGCUGCUGAAGGUGCCGCCGGUGGCGGCGCAUCCCCUUGCCGAUCGUCUGGUCGAUGUGUAUCUGCAUCCAUCGCUGGGCUUUCGCCAUUUCAUGCACGGCUUAUCCCGCUUUCGGCGCAGCGAGCCGCUGCAGCGUAAACUGCAAUCCCUGCUGGGCAUGUACGAUACGGACGCCGAUGGGCUGCUCAGUGCGGAUCAGUGCGAUGAGCUGCUCGGCCGGCUGCCGGCGACGCGACGCGAGCUCCGCUCGAUGCGCUGGAAGCUAAAGAAGCUGAUGGCCGCCCAGGCCCUCGAGCAGCCCGAGCGGGACAGCGAGCCGGAACGGGAACGGGAACGGGAACAGGAACGGGAACGGGAGCAGGUGGAGCUGCCGCAGCUGGAGCAGCUGCAGCUGGAGCAGCAGAAGGGCUGCAUCAACUGCGACGAUUUGGGCUACAUAACACGCGACCUGGAUCUCGAUCAGAGCCUCUCGCUGCGCUUCAACUAG